AUGAACAACACUUCCAAUUCUACUGAGGACUCUCAAGAGGACAUAACCGGAUACACGUAUUAUUCGGUUUCUUUGUCUCUUGGCUUCCUCCUCUUGAUGGCAUUCAUAGCUCUCACUGCAUACUACUGCAGCAAAAGCAGGAUUCGAGACGAGCGAACCGGACCAAGCUCCGGAAGAACCAAUAGCAGUUUCAAUUCAAACAGGACAGUGAUCAUGGACAGAGACCCAUCCUCUAUAACAAUCCAAAUUGGUGAGGAGCAACAACAAAUGCAAGAAUCAAUCCUCAAAAGUUAUCCUAUGUUGUUGUUCUCCCAAGCCAAGCUUCAUCAAAAGGCAGAUGAUCCAACAGAACUUCUUAGUUGCUCAAUAUGUUUGGCAGAUUAUGCAGACUCAGAGUGGUUACGGCUAUUACCUGAUUGUGGCCAUUUUUUUCAUAGGGAUUGUAUUGAUGUAUGGUUGAGGCUAAACCUUUCUUGUCCAAUGUGUAGGAACUCUCCAUUACCCACCCCUCUUGCUGAAGUUGCUGCCUUGGCCGCUACAAGGGCUUAUUGA